AUGGAAUAUAUUUUCCAUUUGUUAAUGGAAUACCUGGUACUGGUAUCCAACGUGUUCCCGGUUUAUUACAAGAUGAGACGGCCAGAAAGAAGAGUGUAUUAUCUUAUCAUUACUACUGUUGGUUGUUGGAAUCGACACCAUCUACAGAGAAUAUGCCAUCAUGGAAACGAUAUUUGUGUGAUAAAGUGA